AGCCACGUGGCGAAAAGCUCCGCCCUCCACUUCGACUCGAAAGUCAGGACUUGAUUUCUGAAGGACCGGCCGGAUGAGCUACUCACCUCUCACUCUUGGUCGCAUUCUUGCCACCACUCUCUCCCCCAUCCACAAUGACUGCACCAACAUCACAGGCUUCCAAGCCUCGCCUUUUCAUCCUCGACUACGGAGCCGGCAAUGUCUGCAGUCUCGCAAACUCGAUCAGCCGGCUCGGGUACGAGUUCGAGUGGAUCAAGGACGAGUCGGACUUUGACAAGGCCGACAAACUCCUCUUCCCCGGCGUCGGCGCCUUCCAGCAGGCCGCGGGCAUGCUCAAGACGUCGGGCAUGAUGGCGCCGCUGCUGAAGUACAUCCGGUCGGGCAAGCCGUACUUUGGUAUCUGCAUCGGCCUGCAGGUGCUCUUUGAGAGCUCGACCGAGGCCGAGGGCGCCAAGGGCCUCGGCGUGAUCCCGUACCAGAUCUCAAAGUUCAACGCCGCGGACGGUGGCAAGAAGAGCGUGCCGCACAUGGGAUGGAACAGGGCGUGGCGCGCGCACGCGUCAGACAAGCCGGCCGGCGAGGCCGAUGAGCUCGUUCUCACCGGCGAGGACUACUAUUUCGUCCACUCGUACGCGGCGCUUGUCGGGCGCGGCACGCCUGAGCGUGAGGCUGCGCUCAAGGACUUUGCAUACACCGUCUCGCGGUACGGGAGCGAGCUUUUCGUCUCGUCCGUCCGUCGCGGCAACGUCUUCGGCACCCAGUUCCACCCCGAGAAGUCUGGGCCGGCCGGCCUUGACCUUCUCAAGCGCUGGCUCAACGCAUCAGUUGAGGAGCUCUCGGCGCCCCCGCACCCCCUUACCACCCGUGACGAGGGCGCCUGGGUCGACCAAGACCCGCGGCCUGCACCCGCGUCGUCGAGCGGCCUUACGAGCCGUAUCGUCGCGUGCCUCGACGUGCGCUCGAACGACAACGGCGACCUCGUCGUCACCAAGGGUGACCAGUACGAUGUGCGCGAGAAGGCCGAGGGCGGCAACGUGCGCAACCUUGGCAAGCCUGUCGAGCUGUCGCGCAGAUACUACGAGGGCGGCGCGGACGAGAUUUGUUUCUUGAACAUCACCAGCUUCCGGUCGAAUGCUCUGCAGGACCAGCCCAUGCUCGAGGUUGUGCGCACGUCUGCCGAGACCGUGUUUGUGCCCCUCACCGUCGGCGGAGGGAUCAAGGACACGGUCGACCCGGACGGGACGAAGCGGUCGGCGCUCGAGGUCGCCGGCGCCUACUUCCGCGCCGGGGCGGACAAGGUGUCGAUCGGCUCGGAGGCCGUCAUCAACGUCGAGGAGAUGAUGGCGCGCGAAGCGCGCGGCGAAGAGCCAUUGACGGGCACAACGGGGAUUGAGACGAUCGCGAACGCGUACGGCGCGCAGGCUGUCGUCGUCUCCAUCGACCCUAAGCGGGUGUACUAUGACACGACGCAGCCGGACUGGAUCGAGGCUGUGCCUGAGGCGCACCGCGCCACGCUCAUCACGGGCGAGACGAGCACAACGCGCACCAAGCCCGACGAGGCCGGCAAGGCGUGGUGGUACCAGUGCACGAUCAGCGGGGGGCGGGCGGUGCGCGACCUCGACGUGGUGCAGCUCGCGCGCGGCGUCGAGCGCCUCGGCGCCGGCGAGAUCCUGCUGAACUCGGUCGACCGCGACGGCUCGGGCAAGGGCUUCGACCUCGACCUGAUCAAGCAGGUGCGCGCGGCCGUGAGCAUCCCCGUCGUCGCGUCGUCGGGCGCAGGGUGCGCCGCCGACUUUGAGGAGGUGUUUGAGAAGACGGGGUGUGAGGCCGCGCUCGCGGCGGGCAUUUUCCACCGCGGCGAGGUCGGGAUCGACGAGGUCAAGGCCGACCUCGAGAGUCACGGGCUGCCUGUGCGCCGCACCGCGCUCGCUGCGUAGGCCGUGGCUUGUAAUAGAUUAGACUGCAUGCAGGGGGAAUGGGUACAUC